AUGGCUUAUGUCUUGGAAGAAUUGACCGGCCGCCUGUUGAUCGACUACACCCGAGAACGCAAUUCUGAGGUGUGGCGAGGUGAUCUUGACAAAUAUCAAUAUGUCACAGCUAAGUAUGCCUUGCUUAAGACAGACAUAACCUCCUCUUACCCAAACCGUAUGGUCGUAUUUGCCAUGAUAGACAAGAACACAGGUAGCAUUGUCAGCUCAAUAGAAUUAUUAAUAAGGAAAUCCUGGAGAUUCUCCAGAAACAGCAAUGGGUCUGUUUGGAAAGAAGCCAUUCUCAGUGGUUGCGUUGCUGGAGUGUUCACAUUUCCUGAGAAUAGAAGACAAGGAUUGGCCACAUUGAUGGUGGGGAAAUUGGUGAACAAGGCCAAGGAAUAUAUAGGUGAUGGGUUUAUGACCUUGUAUUCGGAAGUUGGGGAAUUUUAUGCUCGAAAUGGUUUCAAAUCGUACCAUGUACCGUUGGUUCGUGUUGAAAUCAACAAGCAGUCACCAAACGCUUUGAAGGUUGAGUUGAUCAAGUACCAUCAAUUUGAAGGCUUGAUGGGGCAAUACAGAAAAGCGUUUUUGCUUGAAAUGGAGCAAAACGUUCUCAAUGAUGGAAUUCAACGGGUGUUUGUUGAUCCAACUUCUUCUAUUCUCGACUGGUUCCAUCUUCGAUCGAAAUACUGGCACAUGUACUUGUUUGGAACAGCGAAUGUUGAUCCAUACAGUCAAAAUUAUGAAGAACAAGUGAGGGAGUUUUCAAGGCAUGAGCCUGGUUAUUUUGGCCUAAAAGUUAUGGACUCUACCAAUAUCAAGGGCUUCAUUGUAUGGUAUAACGAGUAUGGAAAGACUGAGCAUAGGUCAAUUGUGCUAAAGUUACAUGUUUUUGCGGGCUACGACAAGGAUGAGACGGCAAAAGAACUUCUUGAUGCCAUGAAGGGUUAUUAUUCGGAGAAUAGACCUCAACAUAGGCAAUUCAACACUAUCGAGUUGUGGGUUUCGGAGUUGAGUGAGCGAUUGUUGGGAAUCUUGAAGGAUGAAGGAGCCAAGGUGGUGGAGAAUCCUGAUUUGAGUGCCAUUUUGAUAAUGGAAGAUCACACCAAGUUGGAUAAUGGAGAGAUUAUCUGGGCAGACAACACGAAGUUGCCAUGGGUAUGA